AUGGUUUUGGCAGAGCCUUUCAAAAAAGAAAGGGAGAAAUGGGGAGGGAGAAGAGAUCGAAAGCAGGAUGACCCAAUUGCACAGGCAAGUGAUAGGUUUAACAUAAAUUCUCAGCUCAAACAUCUUCAAGCUAAAUAUGUUGGAAUGGGCCAUGCCGAUAUAAAUCGAUUCUAUGUUUCAAUCUUUUGUUCUGAAUGGGCAGUGAAUAUCCAAAGAGAUAGCUAUGCCUCUUACAUUGGGCAUUGCCCAAUAUUGGCUUAUUUUGCCGUGGCUGAAAAUGAAUCCAUUGGAAGAGAACGCUACAAUUUCAUGCAGAAAAUGCUUGUGCCAUGUGGUCUGCCGCAUGAAAGAGAAGAUGAUUGAAAUGAUAUGUUAGGAAGUGUAUGCUCUUAGUCUCUGCUGAUUAGGCUAAGAUUAUUAGGAUUAACUUUUUGUGAGAAAAAGGGUUUACUGCCUUAUCCAGAGUUGAUGAGGCUUAACUUUGGUGUACCUUGCUACUUGAAUAUUACAUAUACCUUUUCAAUGAAUCUUUAUGUUGUUUUUAAUGCA